AUGUCUUUGGCGCAGAGCCCCUCGAACGAGUCGUGCUUCCGACCGAUCUCCUACAAUUUCGUCAUCUUGUCCCCCCUGAAGCGAGGUCAUCGACGAUACAGGCCUGACGAUGAGCUGUCUGACGACUCGUACUAUGUCGGCAUCGAGGGCGAAUUGUUCACUCCUGUCUUCAUACGUGGACGCGGAAGGAGAUACUCCCCCGACAUGAGCAACGCAUACUGCGGUGUUCUGCUGGGCGUGAGCUCAACAGGCCAGACAGCCCGCCUAAUCAUCCCACCAGUCGACACCAUCGAACCCGCCUUUCGACAGGUCUCCGAUGGCGAGAGAGACAAAUCCCACACAGAUCAACAAGAACACUUCCCCAGGGGCCAGAGAUGUCAAGUCCUCGUCGAAGACAUCACGUCAGAGCCGGACUACAACGUCUUCAAGCACAUGACGGAGGACAACUGGGAGCUUUUUCACUUGAAGAUGCCCAAGCUCGUCAAUAUGAAGAUACUCAAUGGCCUCGUCGAUGAAAUCAAGUUAGCUAUUGUUUGGUCGGCCUACCACAAUUCCCCCCGGCACCAGCCAGAGCUCGCGGUAACCAAGUACUGCAAGCCGCUGCAGGACGGCGAGAAGACUGCAAAGAAGGACCAGCCUGUUCCGCCCGUCGAGCUGGCCGUUUUCAUCUUGUACUCCACUCACUACUUCAGACUCCACGAGGAGCACGGGCUUUAUGCUUACGCCCACAUCUUUCGGACCAUCUCCUGCAUGUACAAAAAGGACAAGAGCUUUGACGCCGCCUUCGAGAUCAACAUCGAAGACAUUGACCACAAACUCGUCUCGCUGUAUGCCCAAGAGCACCUCGAUGCCAACUCCUUGGAACCCUACCAUGACCAGGAGCCACGAGAGCUCUGGACUGCACCCCAGACAGUAGUCCGGUUGCCCUGGCCUGAUAUAAACACCGUCAACACGCCUCCUCCCCCUCAUCUACCAAGGGAGGCUCAGUCAUCAACAGCAGCUGCCAUUGCCGCCACAGUCAACUCCAGCCCGAAUGGCCCUGCCGCCAGAAAGCCAAAUGCGCGCGAUUCCGCGUUGCGCGCCUUUACAUAUUACUUCAGCUUGCACGUCGCUGACCUUCGUAUGGCGAAAAAGGCGGGCUUCAUCUCAAAGAUGGUGACACUGGGCCCAGACGGGCACCUGACCUGGCCCCACCAGCCAAAGCGUCCUAGGGAGACCCCUGCACUACCCUGCGAGAUUGAUAUCAAGAAGCUAGUCGCUGACGACGCCACCGCGGCCAAGGACCGCAUUGUCGGACGGGACCUCGUCAUUCUCCGGAUGAUUCUCGAGGAGGACCUGGCCAGUGGCUAG